AUGAGUUAUCAGCAUCGCCCGCCAUCAUCUUCUGCGGGUGCAAGCUCAGGAACUAAUGAUGUUAAUUCCACUUCAAACCACCCUUCCUCCUCCUCAUCAUCAUUUGAAGAUCAAAACAUAACUCAUAAUAGUAAUGUUGACAGUUCAUCAUCAUCAACCAAUAAUCAUUUCAAUACGAGUCAGGAUAUAUCAACAUCAACUGUUACUCCUAAAUUACGUAAAUCCCAUUCUCGAAAACCAACCUUAUCAAGUAAUAAACAACCAUCUCCAUCUAUAUUCAUCAAUAAUAGUCAAUUGGAUUAUUUCACCAAUAAUCAUUUUUCAAGAUCGUUCAAUAGUUUGAUCUUGGAUGAUAUCAAACAAGAAUUAAAUGAUGAUAGAACUCAUCAUCAUCAUAGUCAUAAUACAUCUACUGAGUCUAAUAUAUCGAAUUCAUCUCGGAAAAAGAUAAAUAAAUCACCUCCUUUCAAUGUUAAACAAGUUUAUUAUGAUGACCAUAUAGAUUCAUAUUUGGAUGAUACAGUACCUGAUGUAAAUGAUAACGAUAAUGAUAAUAAUGACGAUUUCAAUAUGACUGAUGAUGAAGGUGAUCAUGAAGAUAAUGAUGAAGAUGAUGAAUUAUCCCAAUAUACCAGUCCCACAUUAAAUAUAUUAAAGCCAAAGAGGAUUCGAAAAACUAAUCAUAAAGCAAAACGACUGGAAGAUUUCAUUUCUGAAAGUGAAGAUAAUCAAUCUAAAUCUCAACAAUCAUCUAUAAAACGUUCAUCUAAAUUUUUAAAUCUUUCCAUUGAUUCUAAUUUAAAAUCAUUAAAUAACAACAACACCAAUAGUGAUAAUACCGUCAUUAUAGGUAAUAAUUUCCAUAGUAGUCAAAAACAUAAUCAUCAUGAAGAUAUUGAUUGUAUAAGUGAUUUAAAUGAAAUUGAUUCAUCUAUAAUAUCAAAAAGUAGAGAACAAACUCCAAUUGAAGUGUUAAGUCCUAUUAUAAGGAAAACUCCCAAUAAACAUGGAUCAUCAACAGUUUCCAUAUCAUCAUUAAAUACUAGUACCGUUAAUAAAUUCAAACGACCUCAUAAAUUAAUAAGUCAAUCACCUACUCCAUCACCAUCAUCUAAUAAAGUGAUUAAUAAUCCAAAAUCAUUCUUAUACCCAUUUAAUCGUUCACCUGAUCAUCUCAAGCAUAAAAAUACAAGUGAAGAAUUAUUACCUAUAACAACUGAUGAUUCUCAACUACCAAUACAGUCACAAUCACAACAACAAACGAAUUUAUAUUCUCCAUCAAGAUUAGGCUUAAAGGCGUUUAAAAUGUUUAAGAAUGCUAAUAAAGAUGCUAUAAAAUCACCUAAUAGAAUAUCAACUACUCCUGAAAGAAUAAGGCCGACUUCAAGUUCUAUAUUUGAUAAAAGUACAAAUCAACAUAAUAAUACUCAAAUCACAUAUUCUAAAUUAAGGAAGACAUCUGUACCAGUUUUCAAUACUCAUUCACCAUUUGAAAAACCAAAUUCUUCUUCAUCACCUAUAAGUGGAGGCGGAAAUGCUAAUUUUGAAUAUUAUAAUGUGGAUGAUAUCGAUAUAGAUAUUGAUAUUGAUAGUCCUUCUAAAGGAAGAAAAUUAUCUGCAUCAUCUGGUGGGAAUCCAAUUAUCAUUUAUCAAGAUAAUAAUAAUAAUGAAAGUAGUAGACGAACAUUCCCCAUUCAAAAACAUAAUUCUGGAUCAAUUUAUCAACAAUUACAAAUACCUCCUCCUCAACCAGUAAUAUCAGUAGCACCAAUUCCCACACAACAACAGCAAGUGCAAGUUCCAAUACUGACGAUUCCUCAUCUGAAUUCUGAUUUAUUUGAUGAUAAAGAAAACAAAGCUUCUUAUAAAUUUGUUAAACCAUUACAAGCUGCAUUUAAAUCUGCUGGAUUAUUAAAGAAGAAUAGUAUAGAACCAACCAAGAAAAAACUACCUCCCGAAACUCCUAUGAAGAAGAAUCCAUUAAUGAUGAUAAAUACUAAUACUAUGCAUACUAAUAAUGGAGAUAAUCAUGAAAUUAAAUUAAGUGCCACGACAACUACGAAUUCAGGAACGAAUACGAAUACGAAUAAUAAUAUGCAAUAUCUCAAACUUCCUGGAGGUGGGGUUAAUAAAUCAAGUCUUUCAAAUAUCAUUUCUUCAGCUCAUGAUGAUUCGAUUGAAGACCUGGAAAUGUCGAUUGAAGUAGGAAGAAAUCACAAUGGAUCAUUUAUGAGUGAUGCUAAUUCUACUACAGCAAGUUUCUUUAGAAUUCCAUCUUCAAAUAGUGGAUCAAGUAGUAAACCUAAAGUUGUGGUUCAAAUUCCUCCAACUAUUUCAACAUCUCAAUCAUCAAGAAGUAAAAUUAUGGAUUGUGCAAAUUCAAAUUCAUCUAGUUCAAGUCAUCAAAAUAUUCUUGAUUUAGAUAUUGAAUUAAGUUCUGAUGCAGAAUUAAGUAUCCCUGAAACCCCUACUAAAGCAGUUAAACAUUCACAUUCAACUCCAUCUCAUUUCAGUCCUAUUCAAUUAAAUCAUCAUCAUCAUCAUCACCAGUCAGACAAUACUAUCAGGAGUAAUCCAGUAUUAACAUUGAAUACCACCAAAAGUUCAUUCAGUUCCAAUGAUUCUCAAGAACCAUGUACUCCUAUCAAUCCAUUAUUUUUCAAACUUGGAGGUGUGGGUGGUAAGUCCACCACAACCACAAGUCAUGGACAAAGUAUGGGUAAAAGAGGUCAAGAACAUACUAAGACAUUAUCAUCAUCGAUUCAAGAUGAUGAUGAUGAAGGUGAAGAUGAUUUAACCCUUACUCAUAGUCAACCUCCACCUCCACAUCAUCAUUAUCAUCCUCAUCAUUUACCUGAUAUUGAAAGUCAACUUCAACAACAUGAAUUAGAUGAGGCGGAAUUACUUAAACCUUCUAAAAUUGACGAUCAUUUAGUAGAGAAGUUUGGUAUGAAGAAUAUUAAAUAUCUUGGUAGUGGAGAAUUUUCCGUUGCAUUUGAAUGUUUAUUUCAACAAGAGAAAUUUGCUAUAAAGAGAAGUAAGAAAGCUAUGAUUGGUAAGAAUGAAAGAAAACAAAUCUUACGAGAAAUUGAAGCUUUAAGAUAUCUUACCUCUGUUAAAGAUGAUGAAUUUGAAGAAGAGAAGGAAAGAGAAGAAGGUAAAGAAUAUUUGAUUUAUUUCAUUGAAGCUUGGGAAUUUAAUAAUUACUUUUAUAUUAUGACGGAAUAUUGUGAUAAUGGUACGUUAUAUAAAUUCUUGGAAGAUAAUAAGACUUAUAAGAUUGAUGAAUUUAGAAUUUGGAAGAUUUUAAUUGAGAUUUUAAAUGGAUUAAAUUUUAUGCAUCAAAAGAAUUAUUUACAUUUAGAUUUAAAACCGGAAAAUAUCUUUAUAAAUUUUGAAGGGUCAUUAAAGAUUGGAGAUUUUGGAUUAGCUACUAAAUUACCUAUCCUUGAAAAAGAUUUUGAUUUAGAAGGAGAUCGGAAUUAUAUUGCACCUGAAUUAAUUAAUGAAAAAAUUUAUACUCCAUUUGCUGAUAUUUUCAGUGUGGGAUUAAUAAUAUUAGAAAUUGCUGCAAAUAUUAUUUUACCUGAAAAUGGAACCCCAUGGAGAAAAUUAAGAAGUGGAGAUUUAAGUGAUGCUGGGAAAUUACUGAGUGAUAAUUUAAGUAUAUUUUUACAAAAUCAGAAUAAUUAUUCUUCAACUACCACUACAUCAUAUAAAUCAAUUUUAUCAAUGGGGACUACUGCUAAUAAGAAUACUUCUAAUAAUUCGAAUAAUAAUAAUAAUAAUAAUAAUAAUACUGGUGGUAGUACUAGGUAUGUUCCAAGUAUUGAAGAAUUAAUUCCAUUAGGAGCUCCUAAAUUUUUAGUAGAUGGAGAUUCGAUGAAUUUAGAUAAAUUAGUAAAUAAGAUGUUAAAACCUAAUCCAUUUGAUAGACCUAAUGCUAAGACUAUAUUAGAAAUGGAAGAAUGUUUAUUAAUUGAAAAUAGAAGAAAAGCAGGUGCAACUAUUUUUGAAGGUGAAUUCGGACCAAAUGAUGAUGAUUGA